UGUUCCGCUAAAAAUCUUGCCAUUAUUUAGCUAAACUUCAAUGAUUUAUUUAUAUAUUAGAAGCAGCACUUGGUGUCGCUGGAGACCAUAAAUUUAUGGGUGGCUCCAGUUUUUUUUUUUUUUUUUUUUUUCUUUUAUCUCCAGACUCCUCCUUUCCAUGUGUAGACAUAGUGAACCGCUGCUUUGUGAGAAAACGCAUUCGGUCACGCUGCAGAGAAGAUUCCGUCUGAUAUUUACCGCAAAAUGGACUUGUUCUAAAAUUAUAUGGGUUUUUUGUCGUGGUUUGGCAGCAAUGGGACGUGGAGGACAUACAGGCGCAAUCCGGAUAAACAUUUCGGUUCUGCUUUAUUUCUGUGGCGCGUGCACAGCCCUACUCUCGUUCUCCAUUCCCGAGGAGGUUGACAAAGGAACAGUGGUGGGAAAUCUUGCUAAGCAUUUACAAGUCAGUGUCAGUGAGCUGGAAAGACGGGAUUUGCGAAUUGUCUCUGGGAACUUUAAGAAGUAUUUCGACUUGGAUUUGAAAGCUGGUACGCUGUAUGUUUGCGACAGGAUUGAUCGCGAAGCGCUUUGUCCAAACUCGGAGAAAUGUUUCCUGAAUAUUGAAGCCAUGUUGAGCAAUCCUUUGCAUCUGCAUCGCAUAGAGGUUCAGAUAACGGAUAUCAAUGAUAAUGCACCGUAUUUUCUUGACAAGGAAAUUAACUUGAAUAUUUCAGAAUCGUCUUCUCCCGAAGAGAGGUAUUUGCUCCCGAUGGCAAACGACGCGGAUUCGGGGAAUAACGGGGUAAAAAGCUACAAGCUGAGUUCCAAUGAAUAUUUCUUGCUUGACAUACAAAGCGGGGGCCAGCACAGUGAAUCUGCCGAAUUAGUGCUGCAAAAGUCGUUAGACAGAGAGAAAAAUGCUGAAAGUCACUUAACAUUAAUUGCUCUCGACGGAGGUAAACCUGCCAAAACGGGGACAUUAAAGAUUACUGUACAUAUAAUGGAUAUUAAUGACUAAUGCUCCAGUGUUUAGUCAGUCGUUGUAUAAA